GAAGGGUAUAGCCGUAUAGCUUCAGCCUUUCAACAAUCACUGAAAGAUAAUCCGAAAUCGUUUUUGAAUUCACUGUAAAGGAGUUUCGCCUCAACACUCCAUUCUUGUUCUACUCUCUGCAUAGCUUGCUUGCAUCUUCAUCUAACAAAUAACAAUGGCACAUACUUCCCUUUUCACUCCCACUUCCUCUCUUAGAUUCAACUCCUUUCUUCUUUCCUCCACCCCCACUUCUUCUCACUCUCACAACCUUUCUUUUCCCUCUCAGUUUAUCCUCUCCAGCUUGCUGUGGGUUUGCAGGAAAUUAAGGAAGUCUGUAGAAGAUAGAAAAAGUACUCAAAAAUCUCAUGUGAAGGCUGUGUAUGGUGAUCAAUUUUGGACCCCUGAGGGGAGUUCACGCGGUGAGGGUAUUUGGUCCAUAAGGAAUGAUUUGCAAGUCCCAUCUUCCCCUUAUUUCCCUGCCUAUGCACAAGGACAAGGGCCACCCCCCAUGGUGCAGGAGCGUUUCCAGAGUGUUAUAAGUCAGCUUUUCCAAUAUAGAAUAAUCCGUUGUGGUGGAGCAGUUGAUGAUGAUAUGGCAAAUGUCAUAGUUGCCCAGCUCCUUUACCUCGAUGCUGUUGAUCCUAACAAGGACAUUGUCAUGUAUGUAAAUUCUCCGGGAGGAUCGGUUACUGCUGGUAUGGCAAUAUUUGAUACAAUGAGGCAUAUCCGACCUGAUGUGUCCACUGUUUGUGUUGGAUUAGCGGCUAGUAUGGGAGCUUUUCUGCUAAGUGCAGGGACCAAAGGAAAGAGAUACAGCUUGCCAAAUUCAAGGAUAAUGAUUCAUCAACCGCUUGGUGGAGCUCAAGGAGGGCAAACUGAUAUAGAUAUUCAGGCAAAUGAAAUGCUGCAUCAUAAGGCAAACCUGAAUGGAUAUCUCUCCUAUCACACUGGCCAAAGUUUAGAGAAGAUUAAUCAGGAUACAGACCGUGAUUUUUUCAUGAGUGCAAAAGAAGCCAAAGAAUAUGGACUCAUAGAUGGUGUCAUUAUGAAUCCUCUCAAAGCUCUCCAGCCACUAGCGGCUGCAGCCGAGGGUAAAGAUCGGGCUAGCAUUUGAACUCGAGAGACUGUUGCACUUGAAUUUUUCUAGGUAUAAAAAACAUAGUGUCAAACAAGAAGGAUGUUUUUUUGUCGCUGAGUCCUACUGAAUCUUCUUACUGAAGUUGAUAUCUGUGUGACCGUGUACCCAAAAAUGAGGUAGAUACUUGUUAUAUAUUGCAGUAGAUUUAAUACUGACAGAAGCUUCCUUAAUGGAUCCUGGAUGUGCUUUUUCCUUCAAGCAUUCUAUUGUGAUGAACUGAUAUGUUGGAUAAAUAGCAGUAACCUUUUCCUGA